CAUCUCUAUAAACUAUACUUGGUUCGAUAUAAAGUGUCCAGUAUACUAAUUGUAUGUUUCCGAGUCCAAGUCGAUUAAUUCCAUGAUCUAAGAUGUAAAACCCACUGGAUUCAUUGUUUUAAGUCUGUCAUUCGGAUUUCUGAUUGAAGUCUAAUCAUUACAGUGUCUUGAUGGUUAAUAUGCAUUUCAAACCCACCUAGAUAAAGUCAUCAUCCAGAAUUAAUUUGACAGGGGCCCUGCUAUUCCACAGUGACACACAAGCAGCAUUAGUUUAGGACUGUAGGAAUCAGAAGUAAGGAUUGUUUUGUUUGUUUAGGUUUUUGUAUCAAGUUCUGAUGAGGCAGUGUUAGUUAAACAUCACAACAAAAGUAAGUGUAUACAAUAAAAGAGACACAGCAAUUGUGUCUUCUUAUAUACAUGUGUUUCUUACAUUUGAAUAAUUGGACCAAUAUUGUAAUUUGGUCCAAUUAUUCAUGGACACAGACAUACUGUGGGCAUGGUAUGGUAGAAGCAUAUCAAUCACCGGGAAAGAGCUAACGUCUUAACGAUCAAUCCAAGGUCACUCGUCCCGUUAAAGUAAUACCAUGAUGAAAAAAAUAGCUCCAGGACAAACCCAUUCAUCUGGCUGUCUGUAUUUCCAUGGGUAGGAGGUCUCUUGAUGUCUAUUGUGUCUCUCGAUGUAAGCCUACAAUGCACUAGUAUUAUGCCACUCCUUCCUGUAUGAAGGCUGGUGUUAAGGAGCAGGAGUGGAACAGGGAAACUGAUGACAGAUGAGCGUUCACUGCUGCAGUAAAGCUCAGAGCUCACUGGAAUGGGUCGACCAAACCUGAAUGUGGGGUUUUAUCAACACAGGGACCUUCUGGAAGGGGACCGGCUUUUUUCAUAUAAAGAUUGACAAGUUUCUUUGGUGAUAAAACCCACUUUUUAUUUACCAGAAAUUCAGCUUUCACACAUCAACACACAAGAUUGCUUUAUAAACGAUAUAUCUGAGGUACAGGUUGGUGUGCUACAGCUCUUCAAGAGGGAGAGGUGGGUGCAAAUGAGAGAUAUGAAAGGUAAAAGCAGAGUCGCUGUGGAGCUGUGGUUUGGUGACAAGGGCUUAGAGGGCCCUGCGUAAGGAGAGGCAGAGCGAGUGUGUUCCUGGAGCAUGUUGGACAGGAAAUGCCAAAAGCACAUCUGGAACUCUUUCGUUCAGGAAGUGCAUGCGUGACAGUGUAGGCCGAAUACUGGCCUGCCUGCCCACUUAGCACUCAAUAGUUCUCUGUGUUACGCUGACGCUGUGAGAGCAGGGGAGAACACACGCAUGGUCGUUAUGUGCACAUGAUGUAAUUGUGUGUGUGAGUGUGUGUGUGCGUUCAUUUGUGCUGGACGGUUUGUUUGUUUGUGGAUGCACAUUGCAUAAUGGUGUGUGUGUGUGUGUGUGUGUGUGUGUGUGUGUGUGUGUGUGUGUGUGUGUGUGUGUUAGUGUGUGUGAUUGAGGGAUAACUAUUUUCUAUGCUUGAGAGUGUUGUGUGGAGAGAUGUGGUCAGUAGUAAGUGGUUGAACUUGUUCAUCACUUGGAUGGUUUAUCAAUCAGCUUUUGUUAUAAUUUCUUUUCAGAUUUAAAUUGGUAUUAUUUACCGACAGAGGGCGCUGUUAUGCAGUUGUGACAUUAUACUGAUCACUAGUGGCAGGCAAACCUACAGUGGGACAAUGCAUUCAAAUGUUGCAACAGAAUAGACAUUGAACCUUGACUCAUUGAGGAAAUGGUUGGCUCUAUUGUAAUGCCAUAAAAUAAUGUAUAUUAUCAGGUCAAGUUACAAUAAUUAUCUUAAUAUGUGUUGGCAUAGUUGCACAGCAAAAUUGUUGUAAUAAAAUGACCACUUAAUUUGCAAAAAUAUUCACACUUUGUAAUCCGAGAAGAAAAAUACCAUGCUAAGCACCUGCAGGGCCAAACUUCAAAGUUACCUAUGCAUGCAAUCACGGGCGGGCGAGCAAACAGAUUUUAGAAUAGCAAUUUUACCGGUUGACGUAAGAGGUAGGUCUGGUUGUCUUGGAAACCAAUUGGCACUGAAGUGUGGAACGGCUUCGGAGGCCCGCCCCCUGUACAAAUACCCCCAUGGCUCUGACGUCAAUGUACGUCAACCAGAGAACAUGAUGCCUCUUGCAAGUAACUCGUGUGCUCUGGCUGAUAGAGGUGCCCAAGACUGAAAUAUUAUAGCUCUAUUGUAUUGAAGAACGUGGCGUGACAGCCCGGGCAAAUGACUUGCUUCGUCUCGCUCCGCUGAAGAAGAGUUGGCCCCUUUAAUGUUCAAGCCGGGCCGGGCUACACAGAAAUCAACUUUGUCCUUUAUUAAUGGACGUAUUUCUGGCGGCAGUAGUGGCGGAGGCGGCGGCGGGCGGUUUGUUUUCCUUUCCUCGUUAUCUGUAGCGCUCCAGUCGGCGAGCCCCGUCCCUGCCCGUGUUGUCUGGCUCCCGUCUGCUCCUCCACCAGUCCCGUGUAGACCAGCAUGGUCAUGGCUGACACGCUCCAGAAACCAGCCGUACGGGGUCCCGUCCGCGUGGGCUUCUAUGACAUCGAGCGCACCCUAGGAAAGGGCAACUUCGCGGUGGUGAAGCUGGCUCGACAUCGGAUCACCAAAACCGAGGUGGCCAUCAAGAUAAUCGACAAGACCCAGCUGGAUGCUGUUAACCUGGAGAAGAUCUACAGAGAGGUCCAGAUCAUGAAGAUGCUGGACCAUCAACACAUUAUAAAGCUGUACCAGGUAAUGGAAACAAAGAACAUGCUCUACUUAGUAACGGAGUACGCCAAGAAUGGAGAGAUCUUUGACUACCUGGCGAAGCACGGCCGUCUGAGCGAGCUGGAGGCCAGGAGGAAAUUCUGGCAGAUCCUGUCUGCUGUGGAAUAUUGUCACAACCGCAACAUUGUCCACAGAGACCUGAAGGCCGAGAACCUGCUGCUGGACGGACACAUGAACAUUAAGAUAGCAGACUUUGGCUUCGGGAACUUCUUCCAUCCCGGGGAGCCUCUGGCCACGUGGUGCGGAAGCCCCCCCUACGCGGCCCCCGAAGUCUUUGAGGGCCAGCAGUACGAGGGGCCCCAGCUGGACAUCUGGAGCAUGGGGGUGGUGCUGUACGUGCUGGUGUGCGGGGCCCUGCCCUUUGACGGCCACCUGCCCGUCCUGAGGCAGAGGGUCCUAGAAGGUCGCUUCCGGAUCCCCUACUUCAUGACCGAAGACUGUGAACACCUGAUCCGCAGGAUGCUGGUGCUGGACCCGUCCAAGCGUCUGUCCGUGGCCCAGAUCAAGGAGCACAAGUGGAUGCUGCUGGACGUGCCGGUGCAGCGGCCCAUGCUGUACCAGCCGGCCGCGCCCAACGAGGGGGAGGCGGGCGUGGGGGAGUACAGCGAGCAGGUCCUCCGUCUGAUGCACAGCCUGGGCGUGGACCAGCACAAGACCGUUGAGUCGUUGCAGAACAAAAGCUACAACCACUUUGCGGCCAUCUACUACCUGCUGGUGGAGCGGCUCAAGGCCCACCGCUGCAGCUUCCCCGUGGAGCAGAGGCUGGACCCGCGCCAGAGACGGCCCAGCACCAUCGCCGAGCAGACCGUCGCCAAGUCCACCAGCGGGCCGAGCCAGGUCGGAGUGCUCCCCCAGGGAGUCCGGCUCCUGCGGUCCCCCGCUCUGUCCCAGGCCUCCUCCGACACCUCCUUCGCCUUCCCCCAGGCCUGCCCCCCUGAGCACCACUUCAUGGCUGAAGACGUCACCACCCCCAAAGUGAACGGCUGCCUGCUGGAGCCUCUGCCCCCCCCGGCCGUCCUCCGCAAGUCCUCCACCUCGUCGCCUAGCAACAUGAUGGAGACGUCCAUCGACGAGGGCAUCGAGACGGAGGAGCCCGACGCCGAGGACGACCCCGCCCACCUGCUCUCGGCCUAUCAGACGGCUCGCUUCGGCCAGCGGAGGCACACGCUCUCUGAGGUCACCAACCAGCCGGGGGCUUCCAGCCAAGGGAAACUGUAUACCCUGGGCCACAACCCGUCGCUGGGCAGCGUGGACUCGGACAUGGGCUACGACAUGGGCUCGGUGCACAGCGACCUCAGCCUGCUGGAGGACGCGCCCUCCCUCAGUGAAGUGGUGCUGGCCACCGGCCCCGCCCUGCGCCAGUCCCCCGGCGCCUUCCUCAACGCCCGCCCCGCCAACCCCGCCAUGGCCGCCCUGACCUCCCAGCGCAGAGAGACCCACAAUCGCUCGCCCAUCAGCUUCAGGGAGGGCAGACGAGCCUCUGACACCUCACUCACCCAGGGUCUGGUGGCGUUCCGGCAGCACCUCCAGAACCUGGCCCGGACCAAAGGCAUCCUGGAGCUGAAUAAGGUCCAGAUGUUGGUGGAGCAGAUGGGCUCCGGCGAGGGGGCCGGCCCUGCGGGUCCCCUCGGGCCACAGCAACACUUCCACAACCUCCUGGAGGGCGAGGCAUCCAGGCAACAGGAUGGCCAGGCCCUGUACCAGGGGGGCCCCCAGCUCCUGUCCCGCAGACAGAGCCUAGAGACGCAGUACCUCUCCCACAGACUGCAGGCCAACGCGCUGGCCAACAGCCCCGCCAGCUGCCAGCUCUUCUGCACGGAGACGCCCCGCAGCCUGGAGCAGCAGCUCCAGCAGCACAGGUUGCACCAGAAGAGGAUGUACCUACAGCAGCAGCCUCAGAGCGCCGGGCUGCAGUCCUACUUCAACCAGAUGCAGAUCGCCGAGGGCUCCUUCCCCCCUGGCGCCGCGCCGGUCUGCUCCCCCCAGGGCCCCGCCAUGCCCCCCAUGGGACCCUCUCAGACCCCGCCCCAUCAGCACAUCGGCCCCCAGCCCUCGUCCUCGUUCCACCAGCAGCCCGCCGGCCUGCUCCCCCUGGUGGAGCCCGGGGAGGGCAUGGUGUUCGACCCCUACAUGAGCCACCACCACUACCCCCAGCAGCAGCAGCAGCAGCAGCACCCCCUCCACCUCCACCCCCACCACCAGCUCCCCGUGGAGCCCCCGUCCCUGGGCUACGGCAGCUACCCCUCCUGCUGUGAGCAGCAGACACCUGGACCCUCCGCUGAGGCACUUUACGCAGAGCAGUACGACUUCUCCCUGGACCCCGGGCAGCCGGCGCCUCGCUCCAUGGUGGGGGGGUACGGCGACGGGGGUCUGGCCAUGGCGGGACCGGGGCAGUACGACCCCCUGACCCUGCCCCCCGAGCUCCAGGACCCCCUGCUGGACGGCGAGAUGAUGGAUACGGUGGACUCCCAGCACGGCUUCGUCAUGGUCAACUGAAGCCCGGCCGGAGGGAGCGGGCGGCGUGAAGCUGUGGGGAGCUGGUGAAGCUGUGUGCCGCAUUACGGCGGUCAGCAAG